GCUGUGGUAAACCACCAAUUGAUGAUUGGGAGUCCAUGAAGGCAGUUAUGAGAAAGAGGUUCGUUCCUGCCCAUUAUUAUAGGGAAUUGAAGAUGCAAAGCAUGAGGCAAGUUACUAAGUCAGAAGAACGGAGUUCGCCGAGGUGGGAAUCGCAAAGGAGUUAUCCAACGAGAAUGGUGAGAGAAUCGUUGCAAAAGCCUAAAAGAGAGAAAUCAAAAACCGAGCAGCAAUUCAAGACUAAGAGAGGAGAGUGUCCGAGCAAGCAAUUCGUGAACUUGUGGUCCAACAUUGAGGAUGAUUCUACAAAGGAGAAAAAGAUUAUUUACGUGUCACCACCUCAGAGGAAUGAUAACAUUGAAAUUCCCAUGGAGAAAAAUGUUCUAGACAUCGUGGAAAGCAUUGGUGUAAAAAUUGAAGGGAUGCAAGACGAUAUUGUUGAAUUGCAGCCCAAGGAGGAUGAAAAGUGCAUAACAGCCCCACCACUUGAAGAAGAAAUGGAAGGUUCGGAUUCGAGGACGAAUCCUUUUGAAGAGGUGGAGAAUGAUAUGAUCCAGCCAUGCAUCGAAGUUAAUGCCGAUCUAAGCAAAGUGCAAACUCUCAGUGUAAAUGUUGAGGACGAAUUUUGAUGAUUUAAUUGAGAAUAUUCUCUUUG